AUCGCUUCGGUUUGUUUUGUGUAUUUGUGCAAGUGGUGUUGUUGAAUAAGAUAUAGUAUCUUAUUGAGAAAUAAUAUGUGAAACAGAGCGUGAGUUUUCGUGUUUUUGUGAACAUUGAAUUAGAGAUUUUUUAGUUUAAUAGAGCUUCAUCAUGUACAACGGAAUUGGUUUACCAACUGCCAGAGGCUCUGGUACCAAUGGAUAUGUGCAGAGAAACUGGGCUUUUGUCCGCAAGACUAAAGACAAAGUUCAUUAUAAAACAGAAGAGGAAAUAGAGAAGCUUGAUUCUGCCAGCAAUCGACAGCCUAAUCGUGACAUUUUGGACCAUGAACGCAAGAGAAAAGUGGAGGUCAAAUGCAUCGAACUGGAAGAAAUACUUGAGGAUCAAGGGUACUCGCAGUCGGAGAUCGAGACCAAAGUGGCGGCGUACCGGACCAUGCUGGUGGACAGCGAGAGCGGCCGCGGCAGCGCGCUCCCGAGGGACGAGUUCGGCCGACACCCGCCGCUGCCUCCGCCGCCCCUUCCGCCCCCGCUCGCCAACCUGCAGAUCUGCCUUGUGACGCGCCGCAACUCACGCAAGACGGUGCGCUCCGUCGUCAGUGUGCGAGAAACUCAUCAAAUUGCUGAAGCACAGCAGGAGAAAAAUGCAAAGCUGCGUGAGGCCUUUGGCAUUUCUGAGUAUUUUGUGGAAGGUAGUAGCCUCGACCCCCAGCGGCAUGUGAAGGAAGCACAGGCAAAAGCUGCCGCAGAGCAAAGUAAAAAAUACACAUUGGUUCGUACUCCAAGUCCACCAUCUGUGGACAUAUCUCCCAAAGAGAAGGAUGCUGGGGAGAAGAGCAAGAAAAGGAAGAGAAAAGCAAGAGACAGCUCAUCAAGUCCAGAAGCAAAGAAGGAAAAGAAAAAGAAGUCAAAAAAGCACAAGAAAGACAGGUCAGAGUCGCCUAAACAUUCAAAAAAGAAGGUUUCUCAAAAAGAUAAGAAGAAAGAGAAGGAACGCCAUAAACGGCGGAGAUCGUCUUCAACGUCAUCCAAUGCUUCCUCUUCAUCAUCUUCCUCCUCUUCUUCAAGUGAUAAUGGGGAUUCUAGUAGCGAGUCAUCUUCCAGUUGUGACAAGAAACAUCGUAAAAAGAAGGAGCGAAGCAAGCAAUCUACGAAGUCCAGUGAUCAUGGUGAUAGCAAUGCUAAGGAGAAACGGUCACACUCAGAGAAACGACGUCCCUCUGGUAGUAGCAAGAAGAAGGGUGGGUCUGCAGAUAGUGAUACUGAUAGUGGUCCAGAAACUGAUAGCAAAUCUUCAAAAAAGCGAUCUUUGGAGAAGGGGGAAAAGCAUCGGGCAAAGCACGUGGCACCAUCUCCUUCACCACCUCGCAAUAGAUCUCAUUCUAAUAUUAACAGAAAUGGCAGUCGUGAUAAAAGAGAUAAAAAUGAUACCAAAUCCAAAAAGGGUCCUGACAGUGAUGAUGAAAAAAAGCAUAGUAAAAAGGAUCGUGAAGUGAAGAAAAGAAAAGACAAUGUAGACAACAGUAUCACACGGCAGCGUUCAGUGGAACGGCAAGCUAGGCGUUCCAGAUCUUCGUCUGUGAAAAGGGGUAGUGUGGACCAAAGGAAGAAUCGCUCAUCCCCAAAGGUUCAAACACAUCACAGGAAAAGUUACUCUCGUUCUCCCUCUGCCAAACAUCAUCGACCAAAAGAUGGGAAAAAUUCACGUAGUUCCACAUCUCCCAAACGUCGCCGAUCACCUACUCCUCCUAAGAAGUUUCGUAAAUCAGUUUCGCCAAAAACAAGGCCAAAAAAUCGCCGCAGAUCAGAAAGUCGUAGUAGGUCACCCUCUCCAGUGAAAAAUAAGAACAGUAAUAGAAAUAAAAAAUCAUUAUCACAUUCUCCUGUUGCCAAAAAUAAGCAAUCCCAGCACCGUCGUUCGAGAAGUAGAACUCGAUCCCCUUCUGUUAAAAAUAAUAAGCAGAAGUUUAAUAGAGAAAGUAGAUCUGAACUUGAAAGUUCUCCUAAGAGAAAGCGUUCUGCUUACUCAAAAUCACCACGACCACGAAGAAGGUCUAGAAGUAGAUCUAAAUCUCUUGCAAAAAAUCAACAGCCUUCAGCAAGAACAUCAAAAUCUUCUCUUUCUCCCAAAACAAGACGAUCAAGGAGUAGAAGCCAUUCUCGUGACCGAAAUACUCAUAUGGUUGAAAACAAACGAAAAGGACAUUCUCCUUCUCACAAUAAAAAUAAAGAAUUUAGAGCCCACAGCAAAAGUAAAUCUCCUAAUCGAAAUAAUAAAACCUCAACCAGGUUAUCACCAUCAACCAAAAAAAAUGUGACUAAUACUGAACAUCAGAAAAAGGCACCUGCAAUCAAUACAAAAAAAUCUUCUCUGGCAGAUCCUGUACAGCAACAUAAAAAUAGAAGUACUAGUAGUGAAAGUAGUGAUAGCUCAAGUUUAAGUUAUUCGCCUGUUGAAAGAAAUCCUGAACGGUACCGUGAUGUUUUGGGAGACAGCAAAGUAAUAAAAAAAUCAAGCAGUACCAAGCAUUCUGAAAAGGGUAAAAGAAGUUCUAAUGGUGAAAAGAAACGCUCUAGAUCUCGAUCAGAAUCACGAAAUAGUCGACCUGUCCCUCCUGUGAUGCCACGUGUUCGUUUGAGGUCAUCAAGUGGUGAAGAUGAUGAUGACGAAGUGGGUAAUGAUGACAAGGAGAAAAAAAAAGAGGAGGAGAAAGAAAUUCAUACACUAAAGAUUUUGAAGUCUGGUCUUGCAGAAAAGGCAAAAGAAUCAUUGGAAAAGAAACUGUCAAAGUUAUCACCUGAACAUCAGUCAUCAGAAAAGUCAAAUAGUAAGGACACAGCAAAAGCAGUAGUGGUCAAACAAGAAACAAAAAGUCCCCCGACACACCGUUUAGAAGCAGUUUCAGAUAUUGCAUUACCUGACCGAGACCCAAAGUCAGUGCGAAGUCCAUCAACUGGAGCAGAGGAAGGGUGUACGAAAGGAACCACUCCUCCAGUUAAUUCUUCAGAGGCAACAAAAAAUCCUGUUCAAGUCAAUCAAUCUUUACAACCAGAUUCUAUACCCAAACCACCUGGAUCCCCUCCUGAAAAGAAAGUAGAGGCCAAGAAAUCUGAAUCAGAAGUAGUAAGCAAAAAGGACGUUCGUGGCGAUUCAUCAAAAACUCGCCACAAAACAUCCCAGUCUCCCAGAGUCUCAAGACGACAGCGUUCCAAUUCAAGUAGCCGAUCACAAACUCCAUCCCCUGCACGAAAACCAUCUCCCAAGUCUCACAAAUCUCGCAGUUCUUCAAGAUCAACAUACAGCCACAGUUCAUCACGGCCUAGUCCAAAGCACUAUUCAUCAAGCAGCAGUCGUUCACGAUCCAGGAGUCAUUCAGGAAGUCCAUCACGAUCUCGUUCUGUGUCACGAUCCCCUUCAGACUCUCGCUCUUUAUCACGUUCCUUGUCGCGCUCACGAUCUGGCACUCGCUCACGAUCUCAUUCCCAUAGUUCUGCGAGUUCAAGUCGACAUUCAUCUCGUAGCCGCAGUUCCCGCAGUAAAAGUGGUAGUUUGAGUCCAAGCAGUAGCCACACAUCCAGAUCGCGCUCUCCCUCUAUUCCAAGACGUAGAGGCUCUCCUAGCUUCUUGGAUCGACGCCGCAUAACCAGUGCUCGCAAGCGUCCAAUUCCUUACCAUCGUCCUACUCCUCCCACACCUUCUACUUUGAGUAGCCGGCGAAGUUGGAGCAGUUGCAGCUUUACUCCACGAAGUAGUUGGUCAGAUCGGAGCCGUUCUUCUAUUCAUUCAGUCAGUCGUAGUCCUUCACCCUACAGCCGAUGAUUUAAGAGGUGAAUGAACUCUAAAUUCAGUAUUGUUCCUUGCAUUCAUCAUUAUAUAGUGAAUACGAAUGUGUGUGACUGUAAGUUCCAGAGGUAUGUAAAGUCUUGAUAUUAAGUUGUAAAUUUGACACUACUCUUGCACAAAAUAAGUGUAGAGAAGUGCUAUGUAUGUCACUGUGUGCUUAAUGCUCUGACUUACCAUGUAAAUAUUACCCCUAAUGUGCAUCAUGAAUUUAUGUCAUCUCUAGUCACUUGUACUUAAAAUACUGGUCAUUAAUGCAAAUUUAAAAUUUUGUUUUUGAUGUUGAAAGAUAUUCUUUUACAAUUGUUUAUGUGUAUUGUGACAUUUAUUAUUUAUCAUGUAGCAUAUAAAGGAAGCUUAAAUUAGAGUGGAUGAUUUAUGAUAAAAAAUAAUUUAUUUCAAUAAUCCUUGAGCUAAGCCAAGAAUUUUAUUAUAUAAUGGAACAUAUCUAGUGUUAUUUCAUUAUAUCCAAUAGUGUAAACAGAAAUCAAAAGCCCAAAUCAUGGCAAAGAAUAUUAAUUACACGUGGCUUAUCAUUCAUAAUUUUCAUAUUUGUAUAUACUGUAUGGUGAACAAGGUAUAUAUAUUCAUACGUGUGAUUGCAACACUUGCUUUUUAGUUGAGUAAAAAUAUGAACUAACACAUUAAUUGCGUGAAAAAUGUACAUUGGAAAAGUUCAGUUUCAUUUUAGUGUGAAAAUUGCCAUUAUUCGAAUGAUACUCAUUACCUGCUUUCCUACUCACUAAAUGACUUAUUUGCAAGAUAAAGCAAAAAUGAAAUACUGUAUGUUUUGUAUUUACAAAACAUUAUUUUAGUAAUUUUUCAUUAAAAAUGAUAGGCAGUAGAUGACAAUAAUACCCUUAUUACGAAUUUUUUUUAAAAUGUUUGCUUAAAAAAAGCAUGUUGGAAGGUCAAUCCAAGUAUGAGAUUCAAUUCCAGAGUUUUAAUUGCAAUACUCCAAAAAUUGAAUGAGAUGAAAAAUUUAUUUAUACUCAUAUUUCUGCAGUGCAGGUUAUUUAUCACAAAUUUAUUAUUACUAAAUAUAAGAACAUAACACAUUGUUGUAUUUGAAUCCAAAUUGGAUGUAGAUGAAAUAACUGUUGUAGUAUAUUUAUUGCAAAUAAGGCAGCACAGGUGCUACUACAAGCCCAAAGAAGGUAAAGAUGUUGAAGUUCUCUGUGUGAAAAGAAUUCUAAAUUUUGUGUCAAAUGAAUUUUUAUUGAAUUCAUUCCUUGUUUUUAGUAGAGAAAUAAUUCUCUUUUGGGUUUUGUUUCUAGUGAGUAAAAUUUAAUUUAAUUAUUUAUAUUAUUAAAUUUUUAAUUGUUUUUGUUUUUAUGUAUAUCGUUAUAAUUGUUAGUUUUCUAGUCAUGAAAACAAUAUUGGAGGGGAAAGGUAUAUUUAAAAAUUCAAUGUUUACACUGAGGCAUAAUACUAAAACUUCAUUAGCAACUCUUUGAUAGAAUAUAUUUAUAUCUACAUAAUGAAAUGGAGAAGUGAUGUUCCAAUAGUCCAGAUGCUUCAACAAGAUAUUUGAUUUAGGAUAAAUAAAUAUAUUAGAAUUGUCUGAAGGAAUUGAAUAAUUUUAAAUCUUGAAACUUCUCACAGUCACAAUUUCACACGUACUCUCAUUUCUAUCCAAUCAAAUGGAUGGAAAUAAAGCUAUUAUUUGUUAUUCAAUACAUUUCAGCAUAAUUUUAUUACUAUAAUUAAUAUUUGCAUGACAACUUGUGUCUUAAUGUGUUUAACAUUUUAUUAAUUCACAUUAAAAUCAGAACUCUCCACUAGAUGAUCAAGAUUCUGUUGACUCUUCAAUUGCAAUGUAGAAUAAUGAUUGUUGUUUAAAAAAUCCACUUCUUUUAUAAAUGAUGUAUUACCUAACAAAGAAAUUCAUAUUUGCUUAAGAAUUGAUUUAACUCCACUGUUUCUUUCUUUGCUAUUAGCUUUACUAUUUUCUUUACAUGUUGGCAAGGGGGUACGGAGUGCUUAAGAUAAUCAUUAUGCAAUAUUCAUUUUUCUAGUCAAACCAAAACAAGCAUAAAUUUUUUAUUAUGUACAAUUUUAUUACAUGUAUUUUGUAUUAUUUUUUAAACAAAGACCCUGAAUUUUUGUUUCAAAUAUGGAGAGAAAUGUUUGUUUCUAUAAGUGAAACAUUUUUUUUUAAAUUUUGUAGAUGUUUUAAAAAAUAUUUAUUAUUGUUUAUUUUACAUGUAAAUUUUUAAUUGUUUAUUAUGUAAGUAAAGGUCAUUUCUGAAGUUUAUAUAAUAAUGAAAAAUAAUAAAACAGAAAUUCAUGAUAUUUUUUUCUUUAUACUAUAGGGAAGUGAAUCAAGUUUUAGUGUGAAUUAAUGGUAUCAUGUGAAGUAAUGAAUGAAUGCAUCGAAGGUGUCAAAAACGUUGAAAAUAUUUCAGUUCACAGAAGCUGUAUUACAUUUUUACAUGCAACUUGUUUAUAAUGUUUGAUAGCAAAAAAUAUUUCUGACAUUUAUUCAUGCAGUGACAAAUUGAUCUUGUGGUAUAUGUGAUAUCACAGGAUACUAAUUUUGUUAGAAAAGAUUUAGUCUGUGUAAUACAAAUUAAGGAUAAAUUGCAAGGUAUCAGAACAAUUAUCCAAAGAAAUAUUUUCUUGCAUUGUGUCAUUAUACAGUAACUAAUGUUAAUGUGUGUAUAUCUGUCAAUUUUGUUAUAAGAGAUUUGCAGUGAAAUUCAAUUCAAUAUAUUGAGCUUGUUUCCAAAAGGUACAAAAUCAAACUGGACAAAUUGUACAGUUGAGCAAAAAUACUUACUGUUAUCAAAUCAGUAAUGGUAUUAAAUCAAUAUUUAAAUUAGAUUUUUUUCCUGGGAACCAUUGAGGUAUUUCGUGCCAAAUUUUAAGUUAUUCUGUAUUUUAUCCCAAGGAUAUAAGGAUUUUACUUUUGAAGUUAGUACUUUUGGCAUAAAAAGUAGAAUGAGUUAGAUAUGAGUAUAAUUAAAAACCAAAUAACUAGUUUUUAAUAAUAUUUGUAAUUUACUGCUUCAUUGAAUCAUUUAAAUUAUUUUCAAAUUAAAAUACUAAUGAAUCUCAACAUUAUCUAGGUAUUAACUUCAUUCAUCGUAAAAUAUACCAAGGUUAUUAGAAUUAUCUUCAUUAACUAUAUUUUCUUCUACUACAGCUUUAUUUCUUGCAUUUAAAAGUGAAGUGGAUUUGGUACAUUUUGCUAUGAAAUUAGAAAUUUGAUGACCUCCUACAAACAAAAUUAAGAAGUUUUUGUGAAAAAUAAUAUUAUAUUUAGAUUCUGACAUCGUGAAAUAACUACCAUUAUCUAUAGUUUAAUUUUUGGAAAAUAUGAUUUGGGUAACCUUCGGAAACAAGCUCCUCAUAUAUGGUAUCCUAUUAUGGAGUGUCAUAAUUGUUUUUAUCAGUUUAUUGAAUUGCCUCUAAUAUUUGUUUAGAACUCAAGCAAUAAUCUUAAACUCAUCUUUCAUCAUAAUCUCAUCUGAUUUCAAACCCACAAUGUGCCUCUUCUGUGAUUACUUAUUACUUAAUUCUUUAGACUAAAAAUUACAAUAAUAUUUCACCCUAAAAUCAUUGUUAUAUAAUAGUGCAAUAUCAAUGUCUCCCAAAGAUCUGAGUUGACUAGUUGGAAAUUGUAAUUAGGUACCUGUGAAGUUAAGGAGCAAGAAUUGACUAAUUUUUAGAGUAGUCAAACGUACUGAAACUAAUACAUUUUUCUGGUACUGAAACAGUUCAGUCUUUUAUCUAGCUAGAAAAUGUUACGUAUGUUAUUUAUGAGCAAUGUCUCUAAUUCUUGAAUUUGUUCUUGCUGUGGUCUUUUAAAAACUUAAAAAUCACAUGCUUUUCUAAAUUGUCACUGCAGGUGGAAGUGAUUUGAACUUGCACUGGAUGUAUUUCUCUACAGAUAAUAGGUGUCCCUACUUAAAAUUCAUGCUGUGUAAAAUAAGAGUUAAUAAAACAAAUUAUUCAAAAAUAUUUGAAGAAUGGAAAUAAGUCUUCAAUUUCUAACAUUUGAUACAAGACCAUAUUUUAACAUAAGUUUUGAGAAAUAAUUUCUCAGUACUCUUCCCCUUGCCUAUCAAACUCAUAUCACAUUAUUUACAUUACAUCCUCUCUUUGGAUGAAGCACUGUGAUUUCAUUUUUAUUAUAGUAAUAGACGUAGAAGUAGAAUAAAAUGCGUUAGAAAUGACAUGACGUUAGAAAAUUGUUUUAUGUGCUAUUCAUGAGUUAAAAAUGUGUGAAAGAAAAUUACUUCCCUAUGUACUCAUUUUAAAUGUUUGAUUUGUAUUAAAUAUGUUUUAAUAGUUGAA